UCUGCAGGACUUGGCGAACUUACUGCACCCUUCACUCCUGGUUUUCUCCUCCCUUCUCCCCAGGCCCGACCCUCCUCCCCCCGCCCCGCUCCUGUUCCUUAUUCUCCUCCCUUUGGAAAAUUUAAAGCUCCCCCCAACCCCGCCCCAUCAUUUUUUCUGUAAUUCAGGGGCCGUGACACCCCAGGGCUCCUGACACCCCAGAACGCCAACUACCUCAGCUGAAUUCUACUUUUGUUUGUACUUCUCUCUGGCUUCUCCUCCUGCUCUUCUCUGAUUGAUGUGCGAAGUCCCACGCUUCUGCCAGAGGGCGAGGAAUAAAUAGAUGCCGCUACGUCCAGAGGCGUGCGCAUUGGGAAAGAGGAGCCAGAGGGCCAGGAGCGGAGCUCGAGGAAGCUCGUGGGAUCCCAGGAAGGGACUCUCAUCCAAGAAAGAGGAGAGGUUGCUGGGGAAGGAGAAGCUCCGGAGCGAUCGAGCCUAUCGACCCAUCACAGUGUCCGCUUCCAGUGGGCCGGAGGAGACCCCGGAGCUGACACCCAGCAGUCCCGGGCUCUGUGGCUCGCUGUCCCAUCCCGCUGAGAUCAUGCUGCUGCUGCGGGCCGGGCUGUUCGCCCUGGCUGUGCUCUGCCUGCUCCAGGUGCCCGGAGCCCGGGCAGCAGCUUGUGAGCCCGUCCGCAUCCCCCUGUGUAAGUCGCUGCCCUGGAACAUGACCAAGAUGCCCAACCACCUGCACCACAGCACCCAGGCCAAUGCCAUUUUGGCGAUCGAGCAGUUCGAAGGUCUGUUGGGCACCCACUGCAGCCCCGACCUCCUCUUCUUCCUGUGUGCUAUGUACGCGCCCAUCUGCACCAUCGACUUCCAGCACGAGCCCAUCAAACCCUGCAAGUCGGUGUGCGAGCGCGCGCGGCAGGGCUGCGAGCCCAUCCUGGUCAAGUACCGUCAUGCGUGGCCCGAGAGCCUGGCCUGCGAGGAGCUGCCCGUGUACGAUCGCGGCGUGUGCAUCUCUCCCGAGGCCAUCGUCACCGCCGAGGGAGCCGAUUUUCCCAUGGAUUCCAAUAAUGGAAACUGUAGAGGGGUUAACAGUGAACGCUGCAAAUGCAAGCCAAUUAGAGCUACACAGAAGACCUAUUUCCGGAACAAUUACAACUAUGUCAUUCGAGCUAAAGUGAAGGAGGUGAAGACUAAGUGCCAUGAUGUGACUGCAGUGGUGGAGGUGAAGGAGAUUCUAAAGGCAUCUCUGGUGAACAUUCCCAGGGAUACUGUGAGCCUGUAUACUAGCUCUGGCUGCCUGUGCCCUCCACUUCAUGUGAACGAGGAGUAUAUCAUUAUGGGCUAUGAAGAUGAGGAGCGCUCCAGGUUACUCCUGGUGGAAGGGUCUAUAGCUGAGAAAUGGAAGGAUCGACUUGGUAAAAAAGUUAAGCGCUGGGAUGUGAAGCUCCGUCAUCUUGGACUGAGUAAAACUGACUCUGGCAUUAGUGAUUCCACGCAGAAUCAGAAGUCUGGCAGGAACUCCAACCCUCGGCAAGUGCGUACCUAAAUCCUGAAAUGCACAAGUAACAUCAAUGGACUUUCCAUGGAGACGGCAUUGCUGGACUGGCAAAGGAAAAUUGCACUAUUGCACGGCAUAUUCUAUUGUUUACUACAAAAAUCAUGUGGUAACUGAUGACAUUUCUCUUUUCUCUGUGUUUUUAACCCCACCUUUUAAUGACCUGGGGUUAGAGCCUUAAAUAUAUUGUAUGUUUUCUACUUUACUAAUCAUGGGGAAACUGUUCUUUUGCAAUAAUAGUAAAUUAAACAUGUUGAUAUUAGAACUUCUUUGCUCCAGCCCCCAGAUAUUAAUUUUGUUUUCUGCACUCAGACUGGGAAUGUAGCAGUAAUAAAGGAGAGAUUUCUGGUAUACAAAGAAAGCUAGAUAGGCUGUGAAGUAGUCUCUUAUUGAUCUAAUUACAGCCUCAUUUGUGUAUGCCUUUGGGCACUCUCCUCAUGCUUAGAAAGUUCUAAAUGUUUAUAAGGUAAGAUGGCAGUUUGAAAUGAAAUGCUGCACAGGCAAAGCAAUUAAGCACCAGGAAACAUUUAUGAGAUAAUGAUACAGGAUGACUUAUUUUCUAGAUUGGCAGGAAGCAAAAUAAAUAGUGUUAGGAGCCAAGGAAAGAACACUUUGCCUGAUUGGGAGCCACAAUCAAAAUCAGUACCCCUGAGGACAUGAACAGUAGCCUUCAUAUUUCAGACAUACGUUUGAUAUGUUUCUGAAUACAUUAAUCAGUAGUAAGGAAGUGACUCACAAUCAAACAUCUGCUAUUUCCAGCAUAGUUCUGUUUAAUCUGAUUUUUUUCAACUCCUUAGUGAAAGUCUGUCUCUCAAAUCUCUGUCUCUGUCUGCUUUCCUCAUAAAAUGGACUUGCUGUGUUGAUCAGGAAAAGAAAGUAUGUAUGCAUGUGUACCCAGGUGUUUUUUUCAAAGAUAUCUAGCUCUAUAAAAUGGAGUUGUUUACAGUACAGUGAAAAAUGAAAACAAUUUCCUUUUUCGAAGAUGGUGUGUGCAUUUCAAUAUUUGUGUGCAUGUGGGUGUUUAUGCACUCACACACAUAAGCUUGACUACAUUAUAGGCCUGGGCACUAGUCUGGAUAUUAUUGUUUGGAUUUAUAUUGUUUAGUGCUUAUUCAAAAAUGCCUAAUAAAAAGAAUUAUGGUUGUCAGGACAGAUGUAUUCUGACUUUAAAUCAAAUAUACAUUCUCAUUAUCCAAGCUGCAGUGAAUCACCCUGGGAGCAUGGGAGGAAAUUAUGUUUUACUUCCUUCCCCUAGGAGGGUUCCUUAGAGCAUGUGCCAAUCACUUGAAAGUCUCAUUCCCUGUGAUUUACACGUGCAAUAUUCUAGAACCUAGUUUCUAAGUGGUUUGCUGAAAAUAAAAUGCACCUGAAGCAAAUCGGGCUGUGUUUCCUUCAAUAAGGACAAUCAUAAAAAGAUGAAACUCAUUC